CCUGGUGGCUGAGACGGGCCAUAUUAAGAUCACAGAUUUCGGUCUCGCACUUGAGAACAUGCUUGGAGACCGCACAGCCACCGAAUAUGCUGGGACAGAAGGCUAUGUGGCUCCUGAGAUGCUGGCUGGGGAGGAGUAUGGCGUCGGAGUGGACUGGUAUUCAUUUGGUGUCAUCUUAAAUGAAAUGAUUACCAGUCAGCGCACAACACGCUCCGGCGCUAAAGACAUCAUUAAAAAGCUCCUCCUGAAAGAUCCUGCCAAGCGCUUAGGAGUCCACGGGAACAUCCGAGGCCAUCGUUUCUUCCAGCAUAUUGACUGGGUCUCAGUGGAAGCCCUUCGGAUGCCCCCACCACACAUCCCUGUACCAUCUAUACCUCAACUCUGUCCCAGGCAAUUUUACCUGGACAGAAUGGAGGCAGCAGCAGCAGCAGCCAAGAAGGGACCUUUACCAUCUAAAGAUCAGGCCAUUUUCAGAGGGUUUUCAUUUGUCACCUGGUAAACCCUCCACCCGCUCUAAUGUCAUCAGAGCAAGAUGUCCUCCUGAGCUCCUGGAGAAGAUUGAUGGACGGACAGAAGAAUGGACCCAGCAUGAAGACCAUGAAGAAAUAUGAAGACUGGACCUGCGAUUGGCACUGGGCUGAAGAAAAACAUCCGGAACACAC